UACAGUGUUGCUCGAAGUGAAACACUUUGUAUUAUCAAUGGGAUGCGCUACCUUAAGCUUGGGGUUAAAACGGAGGGUGGAUUGAAUGCAUCAGCUUCCUUUGUUGCAAAGGCUAAUCCUCUUAAUCGUGCACCCCAUAAACGAAAAAGUGAACUUCACCAUGCCUUGUGCAAUAUGCUUUCAAACAUAUUAGCACCACUUGCAGAUGGUGGAAAAGGUCAAUGGCCUCCUUCAGGUGUGGAACCUGCUCUUACUCUUUGGUAUGAAGCUGUUGCACGCAUUAGGCAGCACCUCAUGUAUUGGAUGGAUAAACAGAGCAAGCAUAUAGCUGUUGGUUACCCUUUGGUGACACUUCUUCUUUGUCUCGGCGAUCCUAAUGUUUUCCUCAACAACUUUGGUACCCACAUGGAACAACUAUACAAACAUCUUAAGGAUAAGAACCAUCGCUUCAUGGCCCUAGAUUGUCUGCAUCGAGUUUUGAGGUUUUACUUGAGUGUUCAUGGAGAUUCUCAACCUCCAUAUCGUGUGUGGGACUAUCUGGACAGUGUAACUUCACAGCUUUUGACUAGUAUCAGGAAAGGAAUGCUUACACAGGAUAUCCAACAUGAUAAACUCGUAGAAUUUUGUGUCACCAUUGCGGAGCAUAACCUUGAUUUUGCUAUGAACCAUAUGAUAUUGGAAUUACUGAAGCAAGAUAAUUUAAGUGAAGCAAAGGUUAUUGGACUUCGUGCUUUGCUUGCCAUUGUCAUGUCCCCUACAAGCCAGCAUGUUGGUUUGGAAAUUCUUCAUGUUCAGGGCGUUGGGCAUUAUGUUCCAAAAGUGAAGGCUGCAAUUGAAUCUAUUCUGAGAUCCUGCCAUAGAGCAUAUAGUCAAGCCCUUUUAACUUGUUCAAGGACUGCAAUCGGUAUUGCUUACCUACCAAAAUUUAGUAUUAUUUUGUUUACUUUGGUCUGUCUAUGUUCUUCUAUCUUAUAG